AUGCACUUAAUGCGACAACCAAUUCAAGUUUCUGUCCACUUCAAUGACCACACAGUAGCUAAAUUUACAAGCUGUACCAUCGUAUUUUUGCAUGGCCAUCUUGUUAUAUAUAUACAUUUCGGUUUAUUUACUCUCCAAAUAUUAUCGUGGUCGUGUUUAAUGGCAAUUUGUUUUUUUAAAUUUUUUUUUAUUUUUUUUAUUUUUCAGUUGAUAAUCUGCGCUCCAUCUCAUUGCAAACUUAACCUCGAGUUAGUAGUCAUCACACACAAAUAUAGAUCAACCAUGAAGUUUCUUACAACAAAUUUUGUCAAAUGUGCUGUUAAAGGAUGUCAAUCAUCAUUGGACUCAUUUCCAUUAAAGUAUGAAGAAUGUGAAUUAGUCCAAGAAGAACAAGAUUACAACCCAGAAUUUAUUGUUCAUAUGUUAGAUAGAUUAGAUUGGAAUGCUAUAAUACAAGUUGCUAAAGAUUUGGGCAAUGAAUCUUUACCACCUACCAAACCAGAAGACUUGGAUCCAAUUAUGGAAGAUAGCCAAGCCGUAUUAAGAGAUUUACACACUUUAUUGAUUGAAACACAGAUCAUCGAAGGUAAAAUGAUCUGUAAAAACUGUCAACACAUCUAUUACAUCAAAAAUUCCAUACCUAACUUCCUUUUACCACCUCACUUAGUUAAUUAG